CUUGUGCUGUGUGUGUGAGUGAGUGUGUGCAGAGGGGGAGAGAGACAGAAAGAAAGAGGGACACCACUGGAAAAGGCAGAAACCCAAGGCCCAAGUGAAUUAAGAGGCAAGAUUGUCUUUCUUAAUUUCUUGGAGACUGAAUUGCAGCUUUUAGGAUUGCAGUGCAACUAGCUGUGGACAUGGCUGGUUGUCUGCAAAGGACAAGACUGAGCGCACCACAGAGACUUCUGAAAUGUGUCCUUGUAUUGUGUUCAUUAGGCUUUUGCUUCUCUACAGCACAAGCAGAUUCUUUCGAACCAGCUUUCUUCUUCAGGCGCCAAUAUGGACCUAAUGCUGAAACAAUCUUGGUGGCCAACAAUGGGAUUAGAGUUCCCUUUGGGCGUGCUGUCUAUCUGGACCCUAUCAAUGACCUUGUCACUGAAGUUCAGCCAGGAGAUCGUUGCCAUGUCACAGUGCUAGACAAUGAUCCACUGGCCCAGAGACCUGGGAUGUUGACACCAAAAAAAUUCCCCUGUGCAUUUGGAGCAGAAGAAGUUAAAUAUACACACUUUGGCUCGCGCAGUCCCAGCAAAGACCAUGUGAAGCUGCAGCUAAGGUAUGACUCCCAUACAGACACUGUGAUCAUCCCCUUUAUGCUAGAAGUGGAGGUGGUCUUCCAGCAGCUAGAGAUCCUUACCCGUAACAUGCCUCUCAUUGUGGAAAAACUAAAUAGCCAAAGCAACCCUAUUGACAAAAAAGGCCUGGAGUUUGCUUUUGAAGAUGGUGUGACCACAUGCAAAGUGACCACGCUGGUCGGUGCAGGUGGGCUUCCCAGGUAUGGUACUCUUUCAGAUAACUCUGUGAAUGCCCAGAUGAUCGACUGUGAUGAGUUUCUCAAAAAAGGCAUUAGAUAUCAGCACACAGCCACUACUAAAUCGCCUAGCCGAGAUUACAUACCAAUGUUAGUGGAAGUCCAGGACAAAGAGGGUAAUACUAUUCAACAGGAGCACUUCCAGAUCAUGGUCAGAAUUAAAGAAGGUGCCGAAAACACACCUCCGAAGGCUAGCUUUAUAUCCAUGAUGAUGAUGGAAGUUGAUCAGUUUGUGAUGACAGCCAUCACUUCUGAUAUGUUGGCAGCUGAGGAUGUGGAAUCAGAUUUUGAUGACCUAAUCUUUAACAUAACAUCUCCGCUGGGCCAGCAACAGGGAUUCAUAAUCAGCACGGAUGAUCAGAAUUUACCAAUCAACUCCUUUUAUCAGAGAGAUAUCAAAGAUCUGAAAAUUGCUUAUAAGCCACCCUCUGAAGAUUCUGAUGUAGAGAGGAUUUUUCAAAUAGAAUUUAAGAUAGUUGAUACUGAUGGGGCUGAAUCAGAUACAUUUGCAUUUAUGAUUGUUGUAAAGCCAAUGAACACUUUAGCCCCUGUGGUAACCAAGAACACAGGCCAGCUGCUGUUUGAGGGUCAGUCCAGGCCACUGUCUAGUGUUCAGAAUUUGGAACUCAGUGAUGAAGAUAACCUUGAUGAUGUGAAGAUCUCUGUAAUUGAUGGCUUGAAACAUGGUGAGCUGACAGUUUUAGGAUCUCACAGAAAAUUUUUUACACCAGCUGAUCUAGAUGCUGGCGUUGUGGUAUACCAGCAUGAUGGAAGUGAUACCUAUAGUGACAACAUCAUAUUUAGAAUGACAGAUGGUACUAAUGAAGUGGAAUUUCUGUUCCCCAUUACAAUUGCCCCCAUGGAUGAUGAGCCACCUAUUGUAAAUGCUAACACAGGUAUUGUCUUGUUCAAAAAUGAAAUAAUGCAGAUCUCACCAUUUAUCUUGAGUGCAACCGAUAUUGACUCAGAGGACUCAACCAUUAAGUUUAUUUUAGAGGAACCCUACUCAGCCAUUGGUGAGUUGCUGCUAAGACAGGUGGAGCCCCCUGCAGAUGCCUCUUUUUGGAAGUUCAGUGAGACAGAUGAAAUGUUUGAACAGGUGGUGACAGAAUGGUUUCAGCAGGAUAUUCUGGAUGGAAAAUUGUUUUACUGCCACAAAGGAACCCAUAGCACUACCACUGUCUUUGAUCAAUUUGUGUUCAGAGUCCAGGAUGACAAUGACCCCCCAAACCAGUCAGGAGAAUACACAUUCACCAUUAAAAUUCAUCCAGUUGAUGACUUACCUCCAACAUUGUUCCCAGGUACCUCUCUGCACAUGACAGUUAAAGAAUAUGAACUGACGUCCUUUAAGAAGAAGUUCUUACAUUACACAGACCUGGACUGUGAUGACAGAGAUCUCAAAUAUAUCAUCAUCAAGCCCCCCACUGACACAGAUGAAAACAACCCAGUUCCUCUUGGAGCCAUUGUACUUACUGAAAGCCCUGAUAUUGUCAUUACGGAAUUCACUCAAGCUCAGGUAAAUCACCAUAAAGUAGCAUACAAGCCCCCUGACCAGGAACUGGGCAUAACUCCCAAAGUUGUCCAAUUCACCUUUAUUGUAGAGGACACUGCUGGCAACUCAGCAGAUGGCUUGUUUACUAUAUUUUUACAACCUGUUGACAAUAGGCCUCCUGUAAUCACAAACACUGGUUUUACUGUUCUGGAGAGAAAUUCCUAUGUAAUAACCAAGAAUGAACUGAAUGCCUCUGAUCAGGACACGGAGGAUGAGAAUAUAUUUUUUAAGGUCACCCAAAUUCCCAGACAUGGGCAGUUACAGUAUUUAGGAAUUGACAUGUCAAAUGGGAAGACCUUUAUUUUGGAAGAUAUUGAGAGUGGCAGACUGGCCUACAUCCAUGGUGGUGAAGAAUCUCUAAGUGAUGCAAUAAAAAUUGAUGUUAGUGAUGGCUUCCAUGAAGUGCCUAUAAUAAUUAAGAUUAGCAUUAAGCCGGUUGAUGAUGAGACCCCAACCAUCAUGCUACCAGCAGGUCUGUUGGGUGCUACUAUCGAUGUUCUUGAGAAUGGAGCCACAGAAAUCACCAGCAACAUAAUUCAGGGUCAUGAUGAGGAUACAGAUGACCUCCUGCUGACUUUUAUAGUUGUGGAGCCUCCAAGAUUAGGAGCAAUCUUGGUGAAUGGCGCUCCUACUGAACAUUUUACUCAACAAGACAUUAUCAAUGGUGUAGUUGUCUAUGCACACACAAGUGGUGAAAUUGGCCCUAUAAAGGAAUAUGACUCCUUCAACCUUACCAUCUCUGACCUGUCAGAUGAAUGGGUUGUCGGGGGCAACAAAGUCCAAGGCGUUCGUGUUCAUGUCACCAUCCUUCCUGUAGACAGUAUUGCUCCUGUUGUUACUAUUGGGGAGCAGUUUGUGGUAGUGGAGGGGGAAAAGAAUGUCAUCACACUAGAGCACCUCCAAACUGAAGAUGCUGACACGGAUAAUGAUGAUAUCCUCUGCACAAUAAUAGUCCAGUCAACAUCUGGCUAUGUGGAGAAUAUUUCUCCUGCUCCUGGGUCAGAGAAGUCAAGAGCAGGCACUGCCAUUACAGCUUUUAACAUUAAAGAUGUUAUUCAUGGGCACAUCUAUUAUGUCCAGAGCAUACAUAAAGGCAUAGAGCCAGUUGAAGACAGGUUCACGUUCCGCUGUUCUGAUGGUAUCAAUUUCUCAGCGAAGCACUUUUUCCCCAUUGUCAUCAUCCCAGCCAAUGACGAGAAGCCAGAUAUUUUCAUCCGUGAGUUUGUUGUUAUGGAGGGCAUGAGCUUAGUUAUAGACACUCCCAUCUUGAAUGCUGGAGAUGCAGAUAUUCCAGGGGACAAACUAGAGUUUGAGAUAAUUAAGAACCCCAAACAUGGCAACAUUGUCCGGCAGUUGAGCAGUGGGACUGUCCCUGUGGUGAAGUUUUCUCUGGAACAGAUCAAAGAGGCAUCUAAUAUUGUUUAUGAGCAUGAUGAUUCUGAAACCAAGGAAGAUAGUUUUGAAAUUAGACUCACUGAUGGAAAACACAGUGUUGAAGAGAAAGUUCUGAUAAUGGUUAUUCCUGUUGAUGAUGAGACUCCAAGAAUGGCCAUAAAUGAUGGACUUGAGGUAGAAAUUGGAGAAACCAAAGUUAUAAGCAACAAAGUCCUCAAAGCCACUGAUCUAGAUUCUGAAGAUAAAGAGCUCACUUACAUUGUCCGCUUUGGCCCUGGACAAGGCUACAUCCAGCGAAUUAUCAAAAGUAGUGAUGUUUUUAGCAACAUCAGCAUUGGCAUGAAUUUCACACAAGAUGAAAUUGACAAACAGCUGAUUCAGUAUGUUCACACAGGCCAAGAGGGCAUUCGGGAUCUUCUAAAGUUUGAUGUCACAGAUGGUAUCAAUCCUCUUAUUGAUCGCUACUUCUAUAUUACCAUUGGCAGCAUUGAUAUUGUUUUUCCUGAUGUCAUAAACAAAGGUGUGACCCUCAAAGAGGGGGGCAAAGUUACUUUGACCACAGACCUCCUCAGCACAACUGACAUCAACAGCCCUGAUGAAUACCUCACAUUUAGCAUCACGCGUGCUCCUAGCAGGGGUCAUCUAGAGAGCACUGACCUACCUGGUGUGCCAAUCUCCACCUUUACCCAACUACAACUGGCUGGCAACAAAAUCUACUACAUCCACACCUCUGAUGAUGAAGUGAAGAUGGACAGCUUUGAGUUUGAGGUGACUGAUGGCUACAAUCCAGUAUUCCGCACUUUCCGCGUAUCCAUCACUGAUGUGGACAACAAGAAGCCGGUCCUGACUAUCAACAAACUGUUAGUGGGAGAGGGUGAAACCAAACUGAUUACACCUUUUGAGUUGACUGUGGAGGAUCGUGACACUCCAGACAGUCUGCUGAGAUUUGUGAUCACUCAGGUACCAGUUCAUGGUCAGCUACUCUUCAACAGCACUCAGGCCAUUACAACAUUCACCAAGCAAGACCUGAAUGAAAAUCUCAUUAGUUACAAACAUGAUGCCACAGAGACAAGUGAAGACAGCUUUUCCUUCACAGUUACCGAUGGAACUCACACCGACUUUUAUGUGUUUCCUGAUACGGUCUAUGAGACACGUAAGCCCCAGAUGAUGACCAUCCAGAUCAACACAGUGGACAAUGGUGUACCUCAAAUUGUUGUCAACAAAGCUGUGACCACCCUCAGGGUUCUUCAUACUGGGCAUCUUGGACUUUUAAUUACCAGCAAAGUUCUAAAGGCUGAGGACAGAGACAGUCCAAAUAAAGUUUUGAAGUACUCUGUGACUGAGGUCCCACUGCAUGGCUUUAUUAUGAACACUGCCCUUGGAAAUGACAGUAUUAAGACCUUUUCACAAGCUGAUAUUGAUGACAUGAAGAUCUGUUAUGUUUUGCUCAAUGGGUCCAAUGCCACAAGUGAUAUCUUCUAUUUUACAGUAGAAGACAAUGGAGCCAACAAGCUGAAGGCACAGCCAUUCCGCCUGAACUGGGCCUGGAUCUCUCUGGAAAAGGAGUUCUACUUAGUGGACGAAGAUGCAAAAUUUCUGGAGGUGACACUCAAACGCAGGGGCUUUCUGGGAGAGACUUCAUUUGUCAGCAUUGCCACUAAGGAUGGCAGUGCUCAAAAGGACAAAGACUUUCGUGGAAAAGCCCAGAAACAGGUGCAGUUUAACCCUGGCCAGACAAAAGCCAGUUGGAGGGUCAAAAUCUUCACUGACCAGGAGUUUGAAGCAUCAGAAACCUUUGCAAUUCAGCUUUCUGAACCAGUGAUGGCAGUUCUUGAGUAUCCAGAUAAAGCCACUGUAGAGAUUGUGGACCCUGGUGAUGAGUCCACUGUGUUCUUCCCUCAGGAUGAGUAUGUAAUAGAGGAGGACAUUGGAGAGCUGCUAAUCCCUGUGCGCAGAUCUGGAGACAUUAGCCAAGAGCUCAUGGUCAUCUGUUACACACAGCAAGGCACCGCCACAGGCACCAUGCCUAGCACAGUGCUCUCCUACUCUGACUACAUCACUCGGCCAGAGGACCACACCAGUGUGCUGCGCUUUGACAAGGAUGAGCGGGAGAAGCCGUGCCGUAUCAUCAUCAUCGAUGACUCACUGUAUGAGGAAGAGGAGAACUUUAAUGUGUCCCUGAGCAUGCCUAUGGGGGGCCAAGUGGGGGCAAGCUUCCCCAGUGCCAAGGUGCUCAUCCUGGCAGACAGCAAUGAUGAGCCGUCCCUGUUUUUUGGGGAGAUGGAGUACACUGUGGAUGAGAGCGCAGGCCAUGUGGAGGUGAGGGUGUGGAGGACAGGAACAGACCUCUCCAAGACAGCCACAGUCACUGUGCGCUCACGGAAGAUGGAGCCUGUCUCAGCUGAAGCGGGUCUGGAUUAUGUUGGCAUCAGUCGUAACCUGGAUUUUGCACCUGGCGUGACCAUGCAGACAUUCCGCGUGACCAUCCUGGAUGACCUGGGUCGCCCUGAGCUUGAAGGCCCAGAGAAGUUUGAACUGGUGUUGCGCAUGCCUAUGAAUGCAGUCCUCGGAGAGCCCAGCAAGACCCUCAUCACCAUAAACGACACCAUUACUGAUCUUCCCAGAGUACAGUUUCGGGAGGCGGAGUAUAAUGUAGAUGAAGCUGAUGGUGAGGUGAGGGCAAUGGUGUACCGCAGUGGUGACAUUAGUCAGACAUCGACCGUCCGCUGCUACACCCGCCAAGGUUCUGCCCAGGUCAUGAUGGACUACAGCGAGCGACCCAACACUGACGCUUCCAUCAUUACUUUCCUGCCAGGGGAGAACGAGAAGCUAUGUGUAGUGGUGCUGGUGGAUGACUCUCUUCAUGAGGAUGAUGAAGAAUUCCGUUUGGUUCUGGGCACGCCCAGGAGCAAGUCGCCCUACGGAGCUGCAGUUGGAGAUCAAAAGGAAACUCUGGUCACGAUCACAGACAAGAAGGACAAGGCCAUCAUCAGAUUCUCUGAGACGAAGUACAGUGUGAAGGAGCCACAGGUUGCUGGUGAGAUUGCAGUGGUAAAGAUUCCUGUUCUCCGUCUGGGUGACACUUCCAAGGGUUCGGUGGUGAGAGUUCAUACCAAAGAUGGCUCUGCUACGUCAGGAAAAGACUACAACCCCCUGUCUCAAGAUGUGGAGUUUAAGGAAGGGGAGACAGAGCAUGUGGUUGAGGUUCAGGUUCUGUAUGAUGGGCAGAGGGAGAUCCGUGAGGCCUUCACAGUCCACCUGAAACCUGACGAGUACAUGGUGGCCGAGACACAGAUGAGCAAAGCCAUUGUGUACAUUGAAGAAAUGGAUAGUGUGGCUGAUGUCACCUUCCCGGCUGUGCCUCAGGUUGUGUCUCUGCUCACAUAUGAUGACACAGCUCGAGCCAGGGAACAUCCUCAUCCUCCUACUGGCUACCCAGUAGUGUGUGUGACGGCUUGCAACCCAAAAUACUCUGAAUUUGACAAGACUGGUUCCAUCUGCGCAGUGGAAAACAUCAAUGACACCCUGACUCAGUACCGGUGGCUCGUCAGCGCCCCCAGUGGGCCAGACGGUGUCACUAGCCCCAUGCGUGAGGUAGACACUAACACCUUCUUCACCAACACCAAGUCUAUCACACUGGACUCCAUCUACUUCCAGGCGGGCUCACGUGUUCAAUGUGCUGCACGGGCCUUCAAUGCCAAUGGUGAUGCUGGCCUGGAGCUCAGCUCCCCCAUCGUGGUCAUCAGCUCUGAGGAGGGACUUUGCCAGCCCCGUAUUCCUGGUACUGUUGGUGCUGAACCAUUCUCUGCAAAAGUCCGUUACACUGGCUCAGAUGAUCCUGAUUAUCCCAACCUUAUUAAACUCACUGUAACCAUGCCACAUAUGGAUGGAAUGCUGCCAGUCAUCUCCACACGUCCACUCUCCAACUUUGAGUUAACGCUGAGUCCAGAUGGCACACGUGCCGGAAACCACCGCUGCUCCAAUCUGCUGGACUUCAAUGAGAUCUACACAGGACAUGGUUUCAUCACGGAUGCCACAAAAAACCCAGAGAUCAUUGGCGAGACGGCACCAUACCAGUACAGUGUGGUGAUGCGCAGUGCCAACUCCUUGCGCUUCUACCGAAGCCUGAAUCUGGAGGCCUGUCUGUGGGAGUUUAGCAGCUACUAUGACAUGUCCGAACUGCUCAAUGAGUGCGGCGGAUCCAUCAGCACCGAUGGGCAGGUGCUGAAUCUGGUCCAGUCCUAUGUCACUCUCCGUGUGCCUCUCUUCGUGUCCUAUGUGUUCCACUCUCCUGUUGCUGUUGGUGGCUGGCAGCACUUUGACCUUCAGUCUGAGUUGCGACUUACUUUUGUGUAUGACACCGCCAUCUUAUGGCAGGACGGAAUUGGUAGCCCACCAGAGGCUGAAUUGCAAGGUGCUAUGUAUCCCACCAGCAUGAGGAUCAAUGAGGAAGGUCGACUGGUGGUCAACUUUAAGACAGAGGCACGCUUCAGGGGACAGUUUGUAAUGUCGCACCCAGGAAGCAGCCUGUCAUCCAUGGUGAUGUCGGCUGAUCAUCCUGGGCUCACAUUCACUCUCUUGCUGGUCCGAACUGAGCCCACACACAACCAGCCAACGCAGCAGUGGAAUUUUGUGUCUGACUUUGCUGUUAGAGACUACUCUGGUACUUACACAGUGAAGCUGAUUCCCUGUAGUGCCUCUCCACAUGGAGAGUUCAGUAUCCCACCCGUGUGCCAUCCCAGAGAGCCGCUCACCUUUGACAUAGACAUCCGCUUCCAGCAGGUAAGUGAUCCUGUGGCAGCAGAGUUCAGUCUGAACACUCAGAUGUUUCUGUUGUCUAAAAAAGAACUGUGGCUGUCAGAUGGCUCCAUGGGAUUUGGAGAAGGCACAGAUACUGCUUUUACUGAAGGCUCCAUGAUAUACGGCCGUGUAAUGGUGGAUCCCGUGCAGAACUUGGGAGAUUCAUUCUCCUGUAGCAUCGAAAAGGUUUUUCUGUGCACAGGCACAGAUGGAUAUGUGCCAAAGUAUAACCCUACUAAUAAGGAGUAUGGCUGUUUGGCUGACACCCCCUCAUUGCUCUACAGGUUCAAGAUCUUGGAUAAAGCCCAGCCUGAAACCCAGGCUAUAGCCUUUGGAGAUGUGCAGUUUGAUGCCACACUAGCACUGGACACUCCUGGAGCCUUUCCACUGAUUCAACAGCCUGGAUCAGAUGGGUUUACCCUAUCCUCAUCCCCACUCUUCCAGGUGGCUGCCGGUAGGGAAUGGUUCAUCCACACUAUAUACAUGGUGCGCUCCAGAGAGAAUGCUAACCGUGGCAUUGGCAAGAGAAGCCUGGAGUACCACCACAGCAUUUCCUCUGCCCUACCUGAGAAUGGUGCUAUGACCCGUCACCGCCGGGCAGUGCCCGACCCAGAGGCUUUGGACAUUGGUGUGGAAAACAACCGUGGUACAAAUAUCCAGCACAUUGCACUCGACCGUUCUGACCGGCUCAGGGUGAGCCAGCGCAAGCCAUGGGGCCAUGAAAUGUACCAGGAGCGCCCCUUGGUGGAGGGAAGCUUGGGUAAAGAGCCUGGCUAUGACUCUGCUCUGUCUGCCAGCAUGCCCACACUGCUGGGAGUGGCUGGACUGAUCCUCCUGAUGUGUUUGGUGGUGAUUUUAGUGGCUCUCUUGCUACGGUGGAAAAGAAAAGAGAAGGAGCAGCCACCUUACUCCACCUCUUCUUGCUCAGCCUACAGCAGCAGCAACAGCAGAGAGGCCAUGAGAAUGAGACAGAGUGGGGACAGUUCUGAGGUUUAGAUAUUGACACUGAGGCCUUCCCUGUUCACAUGUUCCAGCCUACCAUCAUUACAUCAUUAUGUUGUUGCCCUCCUCGGGAGCAAUACAAUUGAAAGAGAGGGUGUGUUAGCUUCAGAACAAUUAAAAACAUAGAAGAACGAGACUGGAAUAAUGUUAGUAUUCAGUCCUAUGUAAAGGUUAGGGUUAACCCUAAACCUAAUUCUAACCCAUCCCAUGUAAGGCUCAGUCACUGUGCCAGUGACAUUUUAAGUCAUCAAUACUUUUAACCUUAUCCCCAACAAGCACUGAGAACUUUCAUUAAUUCAACAGAAAAUCAGAAGAUUGAAACAGUGGAACAUUUUUAAUUUUAAAAAUUUGAAGGCUCAUAGUGCCAACAUGAUGAGCAAAUAUGUGCUUUACUGUUAAUUUACCAUGACCUAUUCAUUUAGAUUGGAUACUUUAAAUUCGUAUGUGCCUCUGCACUUUUUAUAAAAUGACACACAUAAAUCACAAAUUGUCAAUCUGCACAUCAAUUUCCUGGCAAAUGGCCAUUUUGAGACUUUUAUUAAAGAUGUAAAAUAAAAAAUUAUGCUCUUUUUAUAGUAAAAUUUAUAUUGCAUCCCUGUGCAUCAUAGGUCUGCAGUCCUUUAAUCUGAAUUAAGAAUUUGAUCCUGGUCAGGACUGAGAUUUGUUGUGAGAGAAAAAUAGGUUAAUUGUAGUAUCCUUCUUUUAAAUUUAAUCAAUAAACCUUUUUGAAUGUGUGUAGGAUAUAUUUUGUGAUAAAGAUAGAUGUAGGAAAGCUGGCUUGUUCAAUCAUUUAUAAAAUAAAUGUAUGUAUUUUUAUAUUCACGACACUGUUGUGUACAAGAGUGUACACCAGUUUUCCCAUGACAACAGACCAUUAUUAUGGUGCUAUGGAAAGAGAUGUUUAAUUUGAACAGUUUUAACAAAGUGCAUAAUUAUUCAGACUUUAAUAGUUUUUAUACAUUUUCAGGAUGUGUGAAUAUGUGGUUCAGGAUUACACAGAAUGUCUAGUGUGCUGGUGUGUAUGAUAAUUAUCAUAAGUAUGUAUGCAAAUACUUAUAUAUACACCAUCAAAUAGGACAAAGACAAUAGAAGGUAUUAUUACAUCCUGAUAUAACUUGAAAAGUUCUGAAACACAGGUCUUGGUUGUUACAUGAUUGUUACACGCUGUUAAUUUGUGUCUCAGAAAAUAUAAUUGGUUAAAAAUGUAACAAAGCCUCAUUUAAUGCUAAAUAAAUGUUCAUAUUAAGGUGCUCAU